AUGAGCAGGAUCCAGAAGCUAUGUUCUGGAAUUUGUACAACUCUGCAAAGCCAAGUUAAGCUGAACUCUUUAAGCGAUGUGGUGAGGGAACUGGUUCAGAAUGGUGUGGAUGCAGAUUCAUCCUCUAUUUCGAUUAAGGUAUACGUGAAUUAUUUCGAAAAUUCGAUAGAGUUGAGCUAUUCUGAUGAUGGAAUUGGAAUGGAUCCCGAAACUCUUGAAGUAUUUGGCAAGAGGAAUUAUACUUCAAAAUUAACCACGGAGUUGAACUCCGAAAACCUUGAUUUGAGUGUUCUUUCCGAUGUUCAUACUUUUGGUUUCAGGGGUGAAGCUAUGAACUCACUAAGAAAGUUGUGCGACACUGUGAUUGUGAUUUCCAGGACAGUGGGAUAUAAUAAUGCAUUCAAGGCGAUUUUCAAGUCAGAUGAAAUGAUAGGGGACGUGGUCAGGCAUCCUUUUGUAUUCCCUAGGGGGACAUCUAUUAAAGUGUUGGGAUUAUUUGAUUCUGUAGUAAUAAGGAAAAAACUAUUAUUGGAGCAAUUAAAGGAUUCUUGGAUUACAGAUACAUUUGAAAUCAGAAAGGAAGUCUUCAACAGUAUGAUCGAUAAACCGAGAAUUAAGAUAAAUAUUGAAAGGGUUGAAUUUAAGAAUGGCAAAUGGACAAGCAAGAAAGUAUUAACUAGUGGACUUCCCAGAUAUACAGAAUGUGUUCCUUUCCAGUUACAAAUGAAAUUGUUGAAUUUAACAUUUGGUGGUAGUAUCAGUGAAAAUUAUGAGAUAUGUAAGGUGGAAUAUCAGGGGUAUAAGUUGAAGAUUGGAAUAGGAACCACAGUAUCUCAAAGUAAAAAGUUCCAGUUUGCAUAUAUUAAUGGGCGACCACUGGUCAAUCAAGAAUUUUUUAAAUUUGUUAACAUAUUAUUUCAAAAGGGCUACGAAAAGUGGGGUACUACAGUAAAAUAUGAUGCUAAUAAACCAUCAAGUAUGUACGGAAGACCAUACAGUGUAAAUCCUAUUUUUGUUGCUUAUUUCAACUUGCCCUUCGAGGUUGAUGAUCUUAUUCAAGAUCCCAAGAAAUACUGCUACAAUACAAAACACCUACCCAUAUUGCAAAGAAUGCUCAGUAAAUCAGUUGAUAUCUAUUUUGAAAUUUUCUGUAAUCAUAAGAUCAGAGAAAAUGGUGAAUACCACAGUGAGUAUAUACCCGUCAAGAAACAAAAAAUACAACACCAUUACAUCUCUGAUAUGAAAGCAGAUAUCCGGAAACUAAAUCUCAAAGAUUCAGAAGCAGAGAGAAGGCUAUCUAAUGAAGACAUUCAUACCAUGGGGAAAAAUGUGGUUUUUGAAUCGGGAGAAAUUCAGGAAGGGUUGACAAGUAGAUCGAUGAGUCCAAAAACCAGAGGUACUAUGCUUGCGAUUGAUGAAACAAAACCUGCAGAGGCGUGUGAAUGCGAAAAUACUAGAAAUAUUGAAAUAAACUCACAGGUACCAUACAGCCAAAAAGAUUUAAAGAAUACAUCGAAGUUCUUCUCAAGACAAGAUAAUUUAAUGAUAACGAGGGAGAGUAUCAAGCAAUUUAAGAUUGUUGGACAAGUUGAGAGCAAAUUCAUUCUUGUUAAGUUCAGAAACAUGCUGAUCGGAAUGGACCAACAUGCUUCUGAUGAAAGAAUCAACUUAGAAAAAACAUACCAGUCCUUGAUCCAAAAAAGUAUAGAUCAAGUUUAUCAUCAAGUCAAUGAGGUCAGACGAGUCUCAUUUCAUCCCAGUGAUCUGGAGUUGAUCAAGAGAUACGAGGACACCUUGAAGUUUUGGGGAAUAAUGUUCGACCCAGAGUUUACCAAAAUUACGCACUUGCCUGAGUUAGUUUACCGGAAAGUUUCCAAGCUAGACUUUCGAUUGCUUGAAAAAGGUAUCAUUGAAUUUGUGUACAACUUACACAAUUCCGAAAAACGGGAGAUGAAACUUUCCGAGAAACACCAAAAUGAUGAUCGUUUUUGGUGGGUCACCUAUAUCACACACAUGCCUGCGCUUUAUCGGGAGACUAUAAAAUCCUAUUCAUGUCGGCAAUCCAUUAUGUUUGGAGAACAGCUUACGCGGAAAGAAAUGGAGUUGAUAAUUACUAGACUCGAGGCAUGCUAUCAGCCAUUUGAGUGUGCACACGGGCGGCCAUCUCUCUACCCAAUAUGUACUCUUCUGUAG